AUGUCUGCCCGAACCAUCGUGUCGCGUCCAUCACUGGCCAGGCACCUUCUCCGGGCGUCGGCGACGCCGCAGGUCCAGUUUGGGCGAAAACUCGCCACGGUGGCUGAGCAACAUGGAGCGUCGACGAUGCCUCCGGGUCAGAAGGCCACGGUCGGCAAUCUCAAGACGUUCGAGCUGCCCGAAGUGCUCACUGGCGGAGCGUCGGACCAGGCGCUGGGGCGCGACAUGAUCAACGCGUGGCGCAAAGACGGCAUCCUCCAGAUCGGCAUGGACCCCAUCAACCGCAAGCUCGCCGACGCCGCCUUCCUCUGCAGCAAGAAGUUCUUCGGCCUGCCGUACGAGAAGAAGGCGGCGUGUCUCGACGACCAGUCGUUCGCGGGCUACAUCGCGUCGGGCGAGGAGCUCACCGACAACAUCGCCGACUACAGCGAGAUCUUCACCGUCACCAAGGACCUGCCGGCCACGGACGCGCGCGUGCGGCAGAAGUGGCCCAGCCACGGGCCCUGCCCGUGGCCGUUCCAGCAGAUGCAGACGGUCAUGCAGUCGUACAUGGACUACCUGGGCCAGAGCGGCGAGAAGAUGCUGCAGCUGAUCGCGUGGGGACUGGGGCUCAAGGACGGCGACGCCCUGACCAAGUACACGCAGGACGGGUGGCACCACAUGCGCAUCCUGCGCUUCCCGGAGCGCAACAACGUCAACGGCAAGGGCAAGGCCGGGCGCGGCAUCGGCUCGCACACGGACUACGGGCUGCUGGUCAUCGCGGCGCAGGACGACGUCGGCGGCCUCUUCAUCCGCCCGCCGUACGAGGGCGAGGAGGUGGCCAACUGGCGCAAGAGCGCGGCCGGCAUGUCCGAGGACGACGACAAGUGGGUCUACGUCCCGCCCGUGCCCGACGUCUUCACCGUCUUCCCCGGCGACAUGAUGCAGUAUGUCACCGACUCGUUCCUGCCCAGCACCCCGCACAAGGUCGGGCUCAACACGCGCGACCGCUUCGCCUUUGCCUACUUCCACGAGCCCAACUUCUCGGCCGUCAUGAAGCCGCUCGAGGGCUUCGACUCCGGCCAGGAGCCCCGCGAGGGCAUCCACUACGGCACCCACUUCACCAACAUGUUCAUGCGCAACUACCCCGAGCGCAUCACCGCCAAAAGGAUGCGUAGCGAGAACCGCAUGAAGCUGCUCGAGUCGCCCGACCUGCGCUGGAGCGAGCCCCCGCCGGUCCGGAACAUUGAGGCCGAUCCGGCCGUCGAUGCUGGCCCGCUUUACGAUAACAAGCAGUCGCAGGCGUCUGCGCAGAUCUAG